CAGAAUAAUAGCUCCAAAUAUGCCUGACUUUGAGAUAACCCGACAAACAAUGGGUUUCUGGCACUCAAACGAAGAAAGGUCUCAAUUUAUAAGAGAUUUCUUGAAAGCAAUAAAUGUCUGCAACAUUGAUUCUCUUAUUUGUCAUUCAUCGGGAAUACAUCCCAUUUCCAUGAUAUGGUCUCAGCCACAAGAUUUAUUAAUCAAAUCGAUUGGUAUGUUUUGUCCAUCUAUUUGGGUUUCACGAUAUUACUAUUUUGUCGGAAAAUUUUUCACAAGAUUUGCUCGAAAUAAAUACGGCAUUAAAUUAAUGGAAAUUAUAAAAUUGCAUUCAUUUGCCAACAAAUUUUACUAUGCAUUAUCAUAUGAAAACGUGGAACAAGUACUUCAGGUAAUGUUAUGUUCCACUGGAACUCAGCAACAACUUCUUCAUCAACGACUCAAUUAUCUGAGAGAUAAUAAGAUUCCGACUCUUGUGGUACUGGGAGAUGAAGAUGUUGUUCAGGAUAAACAACAUAUCAAACGGUUUGUUGAGGACUUAGGCGCCGAUUAUAGGGAUUAUCGGUAUCUUUAA